AUGUGUCCAGAAGCAGCAAAAAAGUUUGAGAAAAUUCAACUGAAUCGUAUGACUCUCCAAAGACGAAUUAUGUCUUUGUCAGGUAAUAUUGUGGAACAAUUAAAUGAAAAAACUAAGAUUAUUGAAUUUUUUUCAUUAGCACUCGACGAAUCCACUGAUAUUAGUUCCACAGCUCAACUUCUGAUAUUCAUACGAGGUGUUACUCAAGAUUUUGAAGUCUUAGAAGAGUUAUUAGGAAUGUGUUCAUUGAAAGGUCAAACCAGAGGAGUUGAUAUACUCAAUGUACUUUUGGAUGAGUGUUCAAAAACUGAUUUGGACUUACAAAAAUUAUUGGGAGUUGCCACUGACGGUGCUCCUUCGAUGAUUGGUGUCAAUUCUGGGCUAGUUACUUUGCUGAAAAAGCAUCUUCAAGAAAAAAACAUAAACGCUGAAGAUCUCAUGCAGUUUUACCGCAUUAUACACUAA